AAAUUUUCUCUAAUAUCAUAAAAUCUCCAAAUAAAGUCUAGCUUACAAGAUCAUGAUUUAUAUCUAAAAUCUAUGUUCAAUUUACAAGAUGGCUAGCCUUCUAACUCGUCACUCCCCUCGUUUUUCCCAGUCCUUGACUUCGCUUCCUGAAAUAGUGGACAAGGAAAAACUAUGAGAUAACUCAAUAAGUAAAUAUGGAUAGCCCUUAAUUAAACUUAUAGCAUGCCAACAAGUAUAAUCACGAAAAACAGGAUAAUGGCAGACUUACCGGAGUCGCCAUUCAAAGAUUAUUCUGGGGCUGGUUUAAGCACACUUAGGGCGAGUCUAGGCUCAUUUAGGGCAACCCCUUCUAUUGCCUUGGGCCAAAAAACAUUAUCGGUUAUACAGUUAAUACAAGCUCUUCAAUCCCCUGAAACUCGAGAGCUUGCUCUUCAACUCCUCUCAAAGGUACAAAAUUUCAUUCUCGUUCACGGGUUUUUUUUUGAGGUUUACAAAUUUAAAUGCGACAAAAUUGUGAGAAAAUGAGAGAAAAAGGUUUUAUAUAUAUGCACAUGCAUUUUAGUUCCAUGUCAUCUUAACUUUCUUUUGUUGUGUGUGGCCUUUUCUUUUUUUUUGUUCUUUAUGGUAAUUUUCUUGCUAAAGAAACUAAGUAUAUCAUGGAGUUUUUUCCAUUUUAGCUUAAUGUAGAUGAUUUUAUUUGCUUAUUCGUUAGAAAUUUUCAUUUGCAUAUUGUAUUUGUGGCCUGAAUCAUGAAUUUCAUAUUGUAGAUUGCUUUUCUUUUCUUUCCUUUUAUGGAGUGUUGUAUGAUUAAAGAAUGUACUAAGACUUAAAUUGUAUCGUUAAUAGAAAAUUUAUUCAGUU